AUCGCGCGGCUUUCCCGCGCUUUCCGCGCCGCGCAGCUGCGGUGUGGGUUUGUGCAAGUCGGGCGCGGCGCAGUGCAAACUGGCUCGCGUUUCCGCGAUCUGUGGCUGAUCUAUGAACACAAAUGCGAACUCAGUUUGUAUUCCGAGUUUGAGCUGCCGGGAAGCGAGUUUGGGCGCUCAAAUCCCGCCGCUGCUGCUGCUGCUGCUGCUGCUGCUGCUGCUGCUGCUGGUGUGCGCGCAGUCCGCUUUCUGUCGCUGGUGAAGCCGGCAAUGUGCAUUUUGCCGGAAGUGCACGCGCCGGAGCGGCGGGUGCCGUUUCGCGAGAAAGUGCUGUGGACUCUCAUCUCGCUGGCGGUGUUUCUGGUUUGCUGCCAAAUCCCGCUCUACGGCAUUCGCACCAACCGCAGCGCAGACCCCUUCUACUGGAUGCGAGUCAUCCUCGCCUCCAACAGAGGCACUCUCAUGGAGCUCGGCAUUUCCCCCAUCGUCACCAGCGGCAUGGUCAUGCAGCUCCUCGCCGGCUCCAAGAUCAUCCAGGUCGACCAGAGCCUCAAGGAGGACCGCGCGCUCUUCCAGGGCGCCCAGAAACUUCUGGCGCUGCUGAUCACCAUCGGGGAAGCUGUCGCCUACGUCAUAAGCGGCAUGUACGGCCCCGUUUCUGAAAUAGGAGCAGGCAGCGCGCUGCUGAUCAUUCUGCAGCUGUUUUUCGCCGGAGUUGUUGUCAUCAUUUUGGACGAACUUUUGCAAAAGGGCUACGGGCUGGGCAGCGGCAUUUCGCUCUUCAUCGCCACCAACAUCUGCGAAACCAUUGUCUGGAAGGCCUUCAGUCCGACGACGAUAAAGACGGGGAAGGGCACGGAGUUCGAGGGGGCUCUGGUGGCUCUUUUCCACUGCCUCUUCACGAAAAGCACCAACACAGUGGCCCUGAAAGAGGCUUUCUACCGCUCGAACGCGCCGAACAUAACUUCGUUGUUGGCGACAGUUUUGGUCUUUUUAAUUGUGAUUUACUUCCAGGGAUUUCGCGUGGACUUGGCGGUGAAGUACCAGCGCGUGCGCGGCCAGCAAGGCCACUACCCAAUUAAACUCUUUUACACCAGCAACAUUCCGAUAAUUCUGCAGACUGCGCUGGUCUCGAACUUGUACUUCCUUUCGCAGCUGCUCUACCGCCGCUUCAAACACAACGUCUUAGUCAAUUUGCUGGGCCAGUGGCAAGAGCUGGACUCUGGGGGCCACUCAGUGCCGGUGGGGGGCAUAGCUUACUAUAUAUCUCCUCCGGGGUCUUUUGGCUCUGUCUUGGAGGAUCCUUUGCACAGUUUUGUUUAUAUUUCCUUCGUUUUGGUCUCUUGUGCGCUUUUUUCCAAAACUUGGAUCGAAGUCUCGGGCUCUAGCUCGAGGGAUGUGGCCAAGCAACUCAGAGACCAACAAAUGGUCAUGAAGGGGUACAGAGAUAGCUCACUCGUACAGGUCCUGAACAGGUACAUCCCCACGGCCGCGGCCUUCGGCGGAAUGUGCAUAGGGGCGCUCACCAUCAUUGCGGACUUUCUCGGCGCGAUCGGCAGCGGAACUGGCAUUCUUUUGGCAGUCACCAUCAUUUACCAGUACUACGAAAUGCUGGCCAAGGAAAAGGAACAAGCGGCUGAGGCGCGGCGGCGUACAGAGACAGCUGCAGCAGCGGACAGGCCAGAGGCAGCAGCUGCAGCGGAGAAUUAA